GGCUCGUCCCACAUAUAGCUAUUCAGAUCAUUUCAAGUCCAACUUGAGAUACACGGAAUUGCAUUCAGGGUGCUGUUGUUAUAAAAUAAGAGACCAGCUCAGUCCAACUGAGCAUCCAAACACACUCCUGGUAUAUCCAUCUUCAUUUAAGGUUCAAGAGAUCAUGUUCCCCUUUCAAAUGUCUUAUGGAUGGAGACGACCCAUCAACAGCCUGCCGUUUGAGUCACUAAAGGAAUGUCUUACGAGGAUGAAAAGAGAGGAAGAGUUGCUCGAGUGCCCGGUAUGUUGGGAGUCAUUCAACCUUGUCGAGAACAUACCAUAUUGCCUCUGGUGCGGACACACCCUCUGCAAGAACUGCAUCCUCUCUCUCCAGUGGGCUGCAGUCAAAUUCCCAUCAAUCCCCAUCCAUCUACCGCUCUUCAUUUCAUGCCCUUGGUGCCAACUGCUGUCCUUUAGGUUUGUCUGGAAAGGGAACCUCCGGUUCCCACGCAAGAAUUUCUUUCUCCUCUGGUUGGUUGAGAGCGCAAAUGGUGACCGGAUGAGAACUCAUUCCUCCGCUCCAAAACUCACCCUAGAUCCUCAAAGCGCCCCACCGUCAUCAUCACCCAGGUCCCACCAUGCAUAUUCAUGCACCGAACGUCCCCGUCAUGGCAUGACCAGUGUGGCCCGAGUAACAAACUUCCUCAAUGGAUGGAGGCUCCAUGGCUCACUACAGAAAGCUGUGGUCUUGUUUGUUCGGAUGACGGCCAAAUUGCCCGUGGUUCUGGUGUUCCUUUUCAUUGUUUUGUAUGUGAUUCCCGCCAGCGCUGCAAUACUGGUAGUGUAUUUGGCAAUAACAUUUUUGUUCGCCUUACCGUCAUUCCUUGUACUGUAUUUCUCAUACCCUGUAUUGGAUUGGAUAGUGAGAGAAAUUGCGGCUUGAACCGACAGUAACAAUACAUCUCAAUGGUUUUUUU